GAUGUGAUGCAUGAUGUCAUAAAAAAGGGCGAUGUAGCUGAGAGCAGAUGAUUGUUUUUCUGUCCAACAACAGACCAGCUCUUCUCUACAUGACUCAGCUAUGGCCAGCAAUAUAGAGCUGAUGAGAUACAACAAUGAGGAGAUCCGGAUCGUGAUGGUGGGGAAGACCGGAGCUGGGAAGAGCAGCACAGGAAACACCAUUCUGGGAAGAGAAGAAUUUGAAACGAAGUUCUCUCCUAAAUCACUGACCAUAUUCUGCUCCAAGGCCUGUGGUGAGGUGGAUGGACAGAGGGUUGCUGUCAUCGACACUCCAGGUCUGUUCGACACCCAAACUGAUGAAGAGAAAACCAGUAAAAACAUCGCCCAGUGCAUCUCUUAUGCCUCUCCUGGACCCCAUGUCUUCUUGAUUGUUAUCAAGCUGGACAGAUACACGGAGGAAGAAAAGAAGACGGUGGAGAGGAUUCAGCAAAUCUUUGGAGAGAAAGCAGACAAAUUCAGCAUGAUCCUCUUCACCCAUGGUGACCUGCUCAGAGGAGGGUCUAUAGAGGAGUUCUUGAGGGAGAGUGAGGAGCUGCAGGAGCUUGUGGCCAACUGUAACGGACAGUACCACGUCUUUGACAACAACCUGGAGGAUCGUUCUCAGGUGAGAAAGCUGCACAACAAGAUCAGAAACAUAACAGAGAUGAACAGAGGGAACCACUACACCACUGAGAUGUUCCAGAAGGCCGAGAGGGCGAUCGAAGAGGAGAAACAAAGAAUCCAGAAACAGAAAGAAGAGGAACUGCGUAAAGAACAGGAGGAACUGGAGAAGAAAAUGGAGAAAAAAUAUGAGCAACAAAUAAGAGAAGCUAAAGGUGAUGUGGAGAAGGAGAAACAGAAAAGAAAAGAUUUAAAGAAAAAGAAAGAAGAGGAAAUAAAAGCACUGAAAGAAGAGCAGGACAGGAGGGUAAGGAGGGAAGCAGAGAACAGCUCUAGAAAUAUUGAGAUCAUAAUGGGGGUCCUUGGGGUCUGUGCAUUGGUGGGUAUUUGCGGUCUAACAGGCAGAUUGCCAAAUGUACGUCUUUGAUUUGUAAGUUAUUAAGUGCAAAAUCAGUUACUUUACUGUCAUAUCAGCACUUGAAUAUGAAUUAAAAACCUUGGUUCCCAACCUGGGGUCCAGGACCCCCUUUGGUGGGCGCGAUGGCCUGUCUGCUCUGAGAUUUUUAAAAUUACUUUCACUCAAUACCUAAAAUCUUGUUAAAACCCAUACAGUUGGUUUAUAUACCAAGGCCUUUUGCUAUCAACACUUAUGGUCUGGGCUUUUGGAUUUGGCUUCAAAUGAUAAAAACAAUUCAAAUUCAUGUGUAUUUUUGACAGCAAUAUGUUAGUUUGUUCUGUAUGGGUCCUUGGGGGGGUAUUCUUAGAUAUUUGAAGGGGGGGCUCAAUGUAAAAAAGGUUGGGAACCACUGCAUUAGUGCUCAUAAGUGUCAUUUUUAGCUGAGAACUGAUUCAUCUGAUUCAUGGGCUGUAACAAUUCUCAUCGUGUAAUUCAAGUGGCUUGAUUAGAACAAAAAUCCUUGGAACAAAUUAUCUGCCUCGAGGCCUGGCUUAAAUACCAGCCAUGCAGGCAUUUACGCCCAUGUUGUAAGCUUGAACAUCACGCUGUGUCAUUAUAACGAAACAUGCAGUCAAGAUGAUGCGCGGCUUGUAAAUCAUGAGGGAAGAGAAAGAUGAUGCAGUGACAUUGACAGGCACAGUCCUGUGUUUUUGAUGCAUCCACGGUCACUAUGACAAAUACAGCACUAAGCCUGCAUGGGUGAAACCAGUGAUCUUUGAAUCUGUGCCCUGUCUACAUGACUCACUCACAUGAGACAGCGGCCAGUUUGUGUCUGCACACUUCAGGGGAUUUCAUAAACUUCACUGAUUGACCCAACAGAUUUACACCCAACGCCACGAUUCAAGCCCUAAACAUGUUAGCAAAUAGGUCAGAGGUCAUCUUCAUUCAGUCAGGAUUUGACAGGCCAUAGAAGCAGCUUUUUCCCUUAAAAUGUGUUCACCAGGUCCAGAGAUGGUGUUAAAAAGUCAAACAUGUACUAUAAAUCAACUCACAAACAAAAAAUGUGGUUGCAAAAAAUUAAAAGUGAACACCAUUUAAAAAAAUAGACCAUAUUCCUGUAAUAAGAGUACAGCUUUCAGGCAUCAUUAGACCACUGUCUUAAUGAUGGAGCUUUUUUCUCGCUAGAAUAGGGAGUAUUACACUCAUGCAUGAAGUAGAAGAUGUUAAAAUGAGGAAAUGCCACUUUACCUUGAUGACAAGUGAAAAAUAAAAAUUAACUACAAUAUAAGAACUAAAGUUGGUGUGAAUCUCUCCUUCUCAAGAUGAUUCGAUUCUAAUCUCGAUUCACAAGCAAUAAAUCGAUUCACUGAUGACUCAUUAAAAUACAGAUUGAUUUGAUUUGGUCCGAUUCGAUCCAGUUUAAACAGAUUAUGGAAUCAAAAUAACUUUUUGUUUCAGCAAAACUUACAACAAAAGGGGGAAUCACAACAAUUUCAUUAUAAUCUAAGUUUAUUUCAGCUCAUUUAUAAUAGGGUCUUAAUCUCAGGCCUCUUGUGCAGACAUUCUGAAAUUAUGUUUAAGAAAGUUUUCAUCACACACCUGCCCAGGUGUCUCACUUUGACAGUUAUUUGGAAGAUUAAUAUUAAAAUGAGUUUUUACUGGUACAUACAUUUUUGUUCUUCUGUUGUAACUUCCUUAGCAUUAUUAAUCCUAAAAAUAGUAAAAACUAAAUAUCAAAUUUUCCAGAGAAACCCAAAUUAAAAUAAAUUCAAAAUCACAAGGAGAUUUGGAUAGACAGAGCUCUGUGUCUGCUAGUACAGAAGAAUAAGGGGUUAAAUAGUAUUGAAAACAGUAAAAUAAAAACAGCUUUCUAUACAUUAAAUUUUCUCCUUUCAUAAUUCCUCUUAAUGUGAGGAUUUAGUCCACAUGUUGCCAAAACAUGGUUAUUUCCUUUCUCUGUGUGUCUGACUGUUCUUGAUUGUAGGGAUGCACCGAUACCGAUCCUAGUAUCAGGUAUCGGCCCGAUCCAGCCCCUCAAAGCUGGAUCAGGUAUCGGUGGGAAAGGGCUGAUCCUUAAUGCCUUUUUUACAAGGUUGUUUGCACUAUUUUCUCACAAAAUUGUCACUUUGUUUAUAGUAUGUGGUUAAAAACACUUGUGUAAUACAGUUUUGUACUGGAAUGUUACCUCUGAUGCACUCUCUUUGUUUUUUGCUGCAUUACCAGUCUACAGGGUAUAAAAGUUUACAAUUGAAUAGUAAUUUCUGUAGGUCCUGAAGCAUUGUUUUUACCAAACUGCUGGUAAACAUUUAAACACUUUAUAGUUUAAAUAAAUAUCAACUUCAGUAAUCUAUAUGUACUCAUUUUUUGCCUUUUACCCAAAACAAUUACUAGUCUUAUCUUGCAGUAGGGCAAGCAGGUUAUUCUUUUAACACUGGUAUCGGAUCAAUAUUGGUAUCGGGACCAGAAAAGGUGGAUCGGUGCAUCCCUACUUGAUUGUUUUCAUUCUUGAAUUAAUUCACUGGAGAACAGCUGCUCUCCAGCUCAGUGAAGUCCUCUCUGUUUAAUAUCAAUCAGUGGGCUCAGAUGUAUUGAUUAUGUCACCAAAUCUGUUUAACAUGUUACGUAAUAAAACGGGUUGUUUUAUGGUAAUAACUGAGGACUCCCACAAGUUUUAACUCAGAAAAGUGUUUAUGUUCAGGUCUGUUUGUGCUACGUUUAGUGUUUUAGCUCCUCUGUCUCAACAGGUGAGAUUUAUGAGCUGCCGUAGUUCUUAAUUGCUUUUCCCCAAACCAUACAGACAGGCCGACAUUUCGAAAGUUAUCCCCCCUUCAUAUUAAGUCCACAUGACUUGGGGUGAAUCCCAUUUCUACCCCCUAGCCCUUAUCUUAGCCCUACCCCUUGGUUUUGCACGUUCAUGUCAGGUAAAGUGAUGUCCCAGCUCUCUUUUGAAUCGAGGGGUAGGGCUAAGGGCCAAGGGCUACAUACAGGGGUGGGUAAAAAUAUCGAUUAAUCAAUGCAUCGCGAUAUUUCCUCCCCCAAUUCAAUAUCGAUUCAGCAAAUCCUCUGAAUUGAUUCACCUCCUGGCCAGUUGGGGUCGCUGUGCGUGU